UCCCGAUCAAGAGAAAAAGGGCAAACAGCAUCGAAUCGUCGAUCAGAACUACCUUCUCUGAGACAAACGUCGUUGACGCAAACCACAAGUUUCCUCCGGUAAGCAUACGUGCGGGUGAUAAUCCGAUGGAGAAGGUAAGAAUCUGAGAAGCAUUCCUCGGCACGCAAAAAGGGAGUUGCUUUCAGCUUCACUCAAUUAACGGAUUUGGGAGAUGGCAGACUCGUCUUCUUCUUCCAGGGAGGAGCUGAUUCACCUCAUCAAGCGCCUCGGGACGUAUCUCGCCCUCAAGAUGUCCAAUCUAUUCUCGAUCUCUCUCAAUAAACUGGAUUCACGAUCUGUAGGGGCUAUUGCAGGGCUUGCUGUUGCAAUAGUCUUUACCUAUAGGCUAAUGAGAUCACCUGCAGAACCUCAAAGGAGGCGUCCAAAACGCCAGGCUCCAACAACCAGUAGUUCUGCAGUCAGUACCCAAUCAAAUACAGCGUUGAUGCCUUCUGGUGUUUGUUAUUCUUCUGAAGAUUUAAGAGCACAAAAUGUUGUUGAUGAGUUCUUCCAACCUGUUAAGCCAACCUUGGGGCAAAUAGUUAGGCAGAAAUUGAGUGAAGGAAGAAAGAUAACAUGCCGCUUGCUUGGGGUGAUCCUUGAGGAAAGCAGUCCAGAGCAGCUGCAGAAACAAGCAACUGUCAGGUCUUCUGUGUUGGAAGUGCUGUUGGAAAUUACCAAAUUUUGUGAUCUUUAUCUCAUGGAAAGAGUUCUCGAUGAUGAAAGUGAAAAAAACGUUCUUCUAGCAUUGGAAAAUGCAGGCAUUUUCACAUCUGGUGGUUUGGUCAAGGACAAGGUUCUCUUUUGUAGCACAGAGAAUGGUCGGACAUCUUUUGUUCGGCAACUGGAACCAGACUGGCAUAUUGACACAAAUCCUGAAAUUGUUACCCAAUUGGCUAGAUUCAUUAAAUUUCAGCUUCACAUUUCUCCUGUUAGACUUGAACGGAGUGCUGCAAAUGUGUUCAGCUCUCCAUCCUUGGAGCACUUUUUUGGAUGUGGUUGAUGCCAAAUGGUAAUAGAUGCAAAUCUGUUUUAAUCUUAUUUUUCCUUUGGAUCUCUUCAUGAAACCCCUUACAGCCCAAUGUUUUUGUUUCAUUCUGGCACUGUGGUGCUGCUGUUAGUUUUAGGUUAAGGGAGAAUAUUUAUUUGUUUGAAAUUUGUGAAAUAUGUUCAGUAAUGAACUCUGUGAACGGGCGAAAUCCAUGCAACAAUUGAUGUUUGUAAUGUUUGUCAGUUGAAGGGUACGCCAUCAUAAAAAUAAUUUUGCUGCUCCACUAAAGUCUGCAACAACAUACCUGUCAUUAUCAGUUGGGGAUAGUCUUGCCUCAGUUCCUGUCUGAAUGUAUCUGUGUUAUUGCUUCUUGUUAUUUCUAUUUUGUUGAAUAAAAGUGUUGCCUAAAG